AUGUCCAUGCUUCCAAAAAGAAUCAUUAAGGAAACCGAACGAUUAAUUGCAGAUGCAGCACCUGGUAUUAACGCCAGACCUCAUGAAGAGAACCUUCGUUAUUUUGACGUUGAUAUUACAGGACCGGAACAGUCUCCUUUUGAAGGUGGAAUUUUUAAACUUGAAUUGUUCCUUCCUGAGGAAUAUCCCAUGACACCACCAAAAGUUCGUUUUUUAACUAGAAUAUAUCAUCCAAACAUUGAUAAGCUAGGCAGAAUCUGUUUGGACAUUUUAAAAGAUAAAUGGUCACCCGCAUUACAAAUUCGUACUGUACUUCUUUCCAUACAAGCACUUCUUUCAGCCCCGAAUCCUGAUGAUCCUUUAGCAAAUGAUGUAGCGCAACACUGGAAAGAUAACGAACCAGAAGCUAUCGCGAAAGCUCGCGAAUGGACUCUAAAUUAUGCAGAGCGUAUAACGCCACCUCAGUAA